GCGGAGUCCCACUCCCUUCAGUCCGCCCCGCUGAACUGCAGUCCAGCUUCUCUCAGUCUGUUUGCAGAAAUGAGCGAUAAAGGUCUCUCAGACGAGUUAGUGGCGUCAGCUUGUAAAGAUGGAGACCCAAUUACUAAGGAUUUCAUGAUGCAGCAGACUAUGCUGCGGGUCAAAGAUCCAGUUAAAUCCUUGGAUUUUUACACCAGAAUCCUCGGCAUGACGCUCCUGCAAAAGUUUGACUUCCCCUCCAUGCGAUUCUCUCUCUUCUUCUUGGGCUAUGAGGACAAAAAGGAGAUUCCCACAGAUGUGAGUGAAAAGACGGCCUGGACUUUUUCCAGAAGAGCCACCAUUGAGCUGACACAUAACUGGGGCUCUGAGUCCGAUGAGAGCCAGUCUUAUCACAAUGGGAAUUCAGAUCCACGUGGCUUUGGUCACAUUGGAAUUGCGGUUCCGGACGUCUACGCAGCCUGCAAACUGUUUGAAGAGCAGGGAGUCACAUUUGUCAAGAAGCCUGAUGAUGGUAAAAUGAAAGGCUUGGCCUUCAUUCAGGACCCUGAUGGUUACUGGAUUGAGAUCUUGAGUCCGAACAAUAUGGUGUCCAUUACCUCCUAAAAGCUAUGACGACAUGCGACCUGCUGCAAUGCACACAGAGCUGCUGUGGCUUCACUGAGAGAGCAGAGCGUCGGGGUUUAACGCACAAUUUAGCAACCUGCGUCGGAGAGGGAAAACAGAGCGGAUCCGAUCACUCGGCAGUCAGUGUGCUCUGGCAUGGGCUGGACUUCAAUUGGACAAUUGAUGAGAAAAUAGAUUAGAUAACUGAGUUAUUACUAUGAAUAGCAACUAUUUUGUGUAGAUGUUCCAUUUGACUACCAUCAUUAGUUUGUAUGCAUCUUCAAAUAGUGUUGCUGAAAUAAAGCGGUAUUACUGUGUAAUAAAUGUGAAAGCCACCGUUUACACAAAA